AAACACGUCCUCACUGAACAUGGCAGAGCCCAACCGGCUGUGCUGACUGGCUUGGGGCUGUGGCCUUGCAGUGCCGACGCUGAGAAACCUCCUGGAGUGAAAUGGGUGCCCAAUGCAGAAGGUCGAGUUGUCCAGCGACAGCUUUGGGCCUUGCAAUGCUUUUCCAACAUCGUUGGUUGUCCUGUUACAUGGCAGAGGGGACACUGGCCGCAACCUUGUUGGAUUGGCAGUGCAGCUCAGCAAAAGGCUGCCAGGCACUAGGUUCCUGUUGCCAACUGCCCCGCCUGGGCCACAUGGACUGAAUUCUUGGUACGAGACUGAUCACACAGGAAACCUUGAUGAGCGCAUCUACGAAUUGCACCGCCAGUUGAUGCAGCAGAUUCAGUUUGAUUGCCAGAAGUUCAGCCUGGAACUGGCUCAGGUGGCGUUCCUAGGCUUCUCGCAGGGCUCCAUGCUUGCUGGUCUUGCAGCACUCCAACUAUCAAGGCCUUGUGCGGGAUUGAUUGUUCUGUGCGGUGGAGUCCCAUGGCAUCUCGAUGUGACCGAUGCCCUGAGCCAGACUCCUAUCUUAUUUGUGUCCGGCAAGUGCGACAGGACCGUUACAGUGUAUACUACUCGCAUGGCGCAGGAGCGUCUCCUGGAACUUGGGGCCCAGCAGCUCCGAUACCUGGAGCUCCCUGACCUGAACCACGAGAUAUCCCCGAAGGUGGUUGAACUCGUGGCAGACUUCCUUUGGGCGGCCCUUCCGCAGUCUAAGGAUCAAAGCAUCCGGAUUCCUGAUGGCAUGAAGGUGAGCCUGUACUCCGCGGGAUAUGAAGCAAGGACAGGUGCUAUCGAUGGCUUUGUGCAGAGCGAAGAUAAGUAUUGGGUCCAGAUGGAUGGACCAGACGGACAUCGGGAGCUGAUUGAGUCAGGAGCCUUCACGCAACAACUGCACACAACUCUUGCAGGGCAAAGUGCUAUUCUCGUGGGCAAGCGCUUGGCAGAUGAUGGUUGUAUUGAGUCUCUUUCGGUGGCCGUGUCAGAGCCCAGUGCUGAAGUGCUCGAGACGAAGCAGAUAGCACCGCACAGGGUGCAGCUUCCCGUUGGGGCUGUGCUACAGCUGGGUGGGAUGAAGAAAUGUGCCAAGCGCCUGCAAUGUUUGGAUGGGCGCCGUGUGCGCCUGCGACAGGUGCUGCAGGAUGGCCGAUAUGCAGUUGAAGUGCAAGGAGAGGAGGCCUUGGUUCGAGUGCAUCCGCGGCAUUUGGUGCCAUAGAGGUCACGCAGAAAGGGUGCACCAAAA